UCGCAAUUCGGUGAGCUCCACGUCGAAAUCUAAUGCGGUGAUAAGCUCUUCGUAAGACACAUCGGCCAAUCAAACACCAGUCUCGCUCUCCGCUCCGCCGCCGCCGUUUCAUGGCCUUUUCCGCCUGGCUCCGCCGCGCUCGUUCCUCCUCCGUCGUCGCCUUCUCCACCCUUCGCGCUCCUCGCGAUCUCCACGCGCCUCCGAAGACGGCUGCCGGCAAGGUGACCGUUGUUUCGCCGGGAAAUGGGCGCCGGACGGUCCCGCUGCCGUGGUCGAGCUCUCUUCUCCCGGUGGCGAUUGCCGUCUCUGCCGCAUCUAUCGCGUUUCAGAGCCAGACGCAACCAUCCCUCUGCGAAUCAUCGGCCUCAGGUUCUAAUUCGAGAGGUAUGACUGUUGGAGGAAAAGACAGUACUGAAUUUGUAGUCAAAGGUGAUCUCAAGGAGGUUUCUCAGGAGCUUAUCGCUGAGCUAAAGGCUAUCCUUCAGGAUAACUUGACAACUGACUACGAUGAGAGGUACUUCCAUGGGAAGCCACAGAACAGCUUUCACAAGGCGGUUAACAUUCCCGAUGUUGUUGUUUUCCCCAGGUCAGAGGAGGAUGUUUCCAUGAUUGUCAAAGCCUGCGAUAAAUAUAAGGUUCCUAUUGUACCUUACGGUGGAGCAACAUCAAUUGAGGGUCACACCUUGGCUCCCAAUGGGGGUGUAUGCAUUGACAUGUCUCUAAUGAAAAGGGUGAAAGCGCUGCAUAUUGAGGAUAUGGAUGUUAUUGUAGAGCCUGGCAUUGGUUGGAUGGAGCUUAAUGAAUAUCUGGAACCAUAUGGUCUGUUCUUUCCUCUUGAUCCAGGACCUGGUGCAACCAUUGGAGGCAUGUGCGCUACACGUUGCUCUGGUUCCUUAGCUGUAAGGUAUGGAACUAUGCGCGACAAUGUAAUAAGCCUUAAGGUGGUUCUUCCAAAUGGAGAUGUUGUGAAGACAGCUUCACGUGCUCGAAAGAGUGCUGCUGGGUAUGAUUUAACUCGCUUGCUUAUUGGGAGUGAGGGAACUCUGGGAGUAAUAACUGAGGUUACUCUUCGGCUUCAGAAAAUUCCACAGCAUUCAGUGGUUGCAAUGUGUAAUUUCCCUACAAUAAAGGAUGCAGCAGAUGUUGCCAUUGCUGCGAUGUUGUCUGGAAUACAGGUGUCAAGAGUGGAGCUCCUAGAUGAGGUCCAAGUGAGGGCUAUCAAUUUGGCAAAUGGAAAGAGCUUGCCAGAAGUUCCUACGCUGAUGUUUGAAUUUGUGGGAACUGAGGCUUAUGCACGUGAGCAAACUCAAAUUGUUCAGAAGAUUGCUUCUGAACACAAUGGAUCAGAUUUCACUUUUGCAGAAGAACCUGAAGCUAAGAAGGAACUGUGGAAGAUCAGAAAGGAGGCGCUCUGGGCUUGUUUUGCUAUGGCACCGGGUUACGAGGCAAUGAUUUCGGAUGUAUGUGUUCCUUUGUCACACCUUGCGGAGCUAAUAUCGAGAUCAAAGAAAGAGCUCGAUGCAUCAAAAUUGUUGUGCACCGUCGUUGCGCAUGCUGGCGAUGGGAAUUUCCAUACUAUAAUAAUGUUUGAUCCGAGCAAAGAAGACCAAAGAAGGACAGCUGAAAGAUUGAACCAGUUUAUGGUACACACUGCCCUUUCCUUGGAUGGAACAUGCACUGGUGAGCAUGGAGUUGGAACAGGGAAAAUGAAGUACCUGGAGAAGGAACUCGGAAUCGAAGCAUUACAGACAAUGAAGAGAAUCAAAACGGCGUUGGACCCAAACAACAUCAUGAAUCCCGGAAAGCUCAUCCCUCCUCACGUCUGUUUCUAGAUCUCUUUUUCCCCCUCUUCGAUAUUAGAUGAACUCAACGGGUAAAUGUCGGGUCCGGCCGAUCUUUGUAUGCGGGGAAGGAGAGAAGAUAAGUAUGGAGUUUCUAAAGGCAUGAACCAGAACAGUGAAACUGAGAUGUCUGUGUGUGGGUAAUAAUAGUGUUGUCUUUUGUGUAAUUUUAAUGUAUGUCCAAAACAGAUGAUGCUAGCGUUCACGUCAUCUUUUGCUUUCACCCUUUACAAUUUCCUCUCUUUUUAACAUGGCCAUUUAUUUUAUUUUUUUAAGACA